UGAAAUGUGCAACUUUUAUAUCCCUUCCUGCUUUUCAGAGUGUAUGUUUUCUCACUCUUUGUCACAGGGUUUCUCAGGCUUUCUGCACCCAUGGGACUGCCUCUUUCCAUGAGGGGAAACCGGAAGGGGCGUGACUUUGCCUCUCAGUUGAACUGGACUCCUAGUGGUGGCAUUCAGUAAAGACACGCAGCUGUAAACGGAGCUAAAUGACGGAGGAGGCAGAGCAGCAGGGCGCCCCCAGGUACCACAGCACAGCUGAAGACUUUGAAGUGUGAUGGCGAAGAGAAGAUGAUCAUUAACGCAACCAAAACACGAAGAGAAGAUCUCAACUGCCAAAUUAUAUAGGUAUCAUCCUAUAUUCUUCAAUGGCAAAACAAAAGUGGUAUAAUUUAUGAACUGUGAACCCACAAAGACAAAGGAGAGAAAGAAUAAGAAGGGGAAGUUCCGUACGUCGCACAGAAAAGAAGGAGAUGGCGAGAUUGUAAAUGAAAGCUUGGGGAGGAAGAGGAAGAGGAGAGGGAGGAGAUGGAGGUUUAGUGGCUGUGGGUAUUCAAAGCACAGUGUACACAGUGAGAGACUGACUUACUGAACAGGGUGUCUGUCUCUCUGCCUCUCAGUCAGCUUAAAGCAGCUCUGCACAAUGCUCAACAGGAACCCGACACUCCAGAGACUCUGGCUUGUCACUUCGUUUUUCUUGUCUGGUAACCUUAUUUCCCCCCCUCUCUCCACCUAUAUUGCUGUCAUUUGCUCUUUUUUUCUUUUCUUUCUCUGACCACUGAGCUCCUUCUUAUUAUUUUGUCACUGACUUGAAGCCCCUCUCACCCGGAUUUGAAAAUCGUACCCUCCAACCACCUCCUCCUCUCCCUCCCUCCCUUCCCUUGCCUUGUUUCCCUGUUUCUCUCUCUCCCUCUCUCUCUCUCUCUCUCUCUCUCUCUCUCUCUCUCUCUCUCUCUCUCUCUCUCUCUCUCUCUCUGUGAGGAGGGAGAACAGCAUCAACGGCCGAGCCACAGUAACAGCACAUGCAACAGGGUGCAGACAGCACCUUCUGCGUCGCCACCUCUCCUCUUUGACUCUCAUCAUCCCUCACAGAAGAAGGCUACAGUGAAGAAAGGAAGAUCACAGGUGUGCAGCCGAGCAGGUGAAGAUCUGUUUUCCCUUCCCUUUGAUCGAGAGUUCAGAAGAGGAAAAAGUGGAAAAAAAAAAAAACGGUUGACAAAGGAGUCAGAAAUUUCUCUUGCACAAUCUUAAGGUGUGAAAAAAGUGAAAAAAGAAGAAAAAGGAGAAGAGACCCAGAAACUGAGAAAAUCCUGGUAGUCCUGUAAGCAGCAGAGUUCAGUGUGGAGUGAAGUGAAGAUGCCACCUGUGGCACGAUUCUGAUUAAAGAACAGCCUCCUUGACUCAGUGUGGCUGCCCUGUUUCCCACGUUUCUUUGACCGAAUUUUAAACACCAAUGGCUUCCAAGAAGAAGUGGGCCGAGAGGAGGGAGUUGCGCAGGGACCGGACAUUCUCCACCCGGGACGAUUCAUCUGUUGCGUCCGGGACAUCUGGCCCAGGGCGUCCCACCACCAGGGGGCGUUUCUCAGAGUCGUGGAAGAGGCUAAGCUCCAGAGGGGGGUCCACCAAGAGGGGGGCGCUCAACUCUCAGCAGCCACCGGCACAGAAAUCGUGGAUAGAAAGAGCGUUCAGCAAGAGAGAAUGUGUUCAUAUCAUAGUGAGCGCCAAAGACCCCCAUAGGUGCUGUUGUGGGCGUCUGAUAGGUCAGCAUGUGGGACUGCCCCCAGGCAUCUCAUCCAGUCAGAAUGAUAAGGCAGAGCGUCUGGCUAAGAAUGACAGCCUGUCGGAGAAGUGGUCGAUCAGCAAACACACACAGCUCAGCCCCACUGAUGCCUUUGGCACCAUUGAGUUCCAGGGAGGGGGACACUCCAACAAAGCCAUGUAUGUGCGAGUGUCUUAUGACACCAAGCCUGACCUGCUGCUCCACCUGAUGACCAAGGAGUGGCAGCUGGAUCUGCCCAAGCUGCUCAUCUCAGUCCACGGGGGUCUGCAGAACUUUGAAUUGCAGCCCAAACUCAAACAGGUCUUUGGCAAAGGGCUCAUUAAGGCUGCCAUGACAACUGGAGCCUGGAUCUUCACCGGUGGGGUCAACACAGGGGUUAUACGCCACGUGGGUGAUGCACUGAAAGAUCACGCCUCCAAGUCACGGGGGAAGAUCUGCACCAUUGGCAUUGCACCAUGGGGGAUCGUAGAAAAUCAAGAGGAUCUUGUUGGCAAAGAUGUGGUGCGUCCAUACCAGACCAUGUCGAACCCUAUGAGCAAGCUGACAGUUUUAAACAGUCUCCACUCCCACUUCAUCCUGGCAGACAAUGGCACCACGGGAAAGUACGGCGCUGAGGUCAAACUGCGACGCCAGCUAGAGAAACACAUCUCACUGCAGAAGAUCAACACACGCAUUGGUCAGGGUGUGCCAGUGGUGGCUCUCAUCGUCGAAGGAGGCCCAAAUGUGAUCUCGAUUGUGCUGGAGUACCUCAGGGACACACCUCCCGUCCCUGUGGUGGUGUGUGACGGCAGCGGAAGAGCGUCAGACAUCUUGGCCUUCGGACACAAAUAUUCUGAGGAGGGAGGCAUAAUUAACGAGUCUCUAAGAGACCAGUUGCUGGUGACCAUCCAGAAGACUUUCACCUACAGCCGCACACAGGCCCAACAUCUGUUCAUCAUCCUCAUGGAGUGCAUGAAGAAGAAGGAGUUGAUAACAGUUUUCCGGAUGGGCUCAGAGGGUCAUCAGGAUAUUGACCUCGCCAUCCUCACUGCAUUACUCAAAGGUGCCAACGCUUCAGCUCCUGACCAGCUGAGUUUGGCUCUGGCAUGGAACAGAGUGGACAUCGCCCGCAGUCAGAUCUUCAUCUACGGACAGCAGUGGCCUGUCGGUUCCCUGGAGCAGGCGAUGCUGGAUGCCUUAGUUCUGGACAGAGUGGACUUUGUCAAGCUGCUGAUUGAAAAUGGAGUCAGCAUGCACCGUUUCCUCACGCUUUCCAGACUCGAGGAGCUCUACAACACGAGACAUGGACCGUCCAACACGCUGUACCACCUCGUCAGAGAUGUCAAAAAGCGAGAAUAUCCAGGGUUCAGUUGGAUCUACUUCAAGGGAAACCUGCCCCCGGACUACCGCAUCAGCCUCAUCGACAUUGGACUGGUCAUUGAAUACCUCAUGGGUGGGGCGUAUCGGUGUAACUACACCAGGAAGAGAUUCAGAACACUUUACCACAACCUCUUUGGACCCAAGAGGCCCAAAGCCCUGAAACUGCUGGGGAUGGAGGAUGACAUGCCCAUCCGGAGAGGUCGCCAGAAGACAACACGUAAACGAGAGGAGGAAGUGGACAUCGAUUUAGACGACCCUGAAAUCAACCACUUCCCUUUCCCCUUCCAUGAGCUCAUGGUGUGGGCCGUGCUCAUGAAACGUCAGAAGAUGGCGCUGUUCUUCUGGCAGCAUGGUGAAGAGGCCAUGGCCAAGGCCUUGGUGGCAUGUAAGCUUUGUAAGGCCAUGGCACACGAAGCUUCCGAGAACGACAUGGUUGACGACAUCUCCCAGGAACUAAACCACAACUCCAGAGAGUUUGGCCAGCUGGCGGUGGAACUCCUCGACCAGUCCUAUAAACAGGACGAGCAGAUGGCCAUGAAGCUGCUGACGUACGAGCUGAAGAACUGGAGCAACGCCACCUGCCUGCAGCUGGCGGUAGCAGCCAAGCACAGAGAUUUCAUCGCUCACACCUGCAGUCAGAUGCUGCUGACCGACAUGUGGAUGGGACGCCUGCGGAUGCGCAAGAACUCAGGCCUGAAGGUAAUCUUAGGGCUGCUUCUGCCACCAUCUAUCCUGAGUCUGGAGUUCAAGAACAAGGAUGAGAUGUCCUACAUGCCCCAGGAUCAGGAGGCCUACCUGCAGGAGAAGGAGGAGGAGGAGCCUGAGAAACCUGUCAAGGAGAAGGAGGAGGAAGACAUGGAGUUCACAGUAAGAUCUUACUGUGAGACGCAGUACAACUCCGUGGCAAUGCUGGGUAAGGUUACCACAGAGACAUCCAGAAAGAAGGAUGUUGAGGAGGUUCAGAACCGCCACCGCCUCAUCCCCAUGGGACGCAAGAUAUACGAGUUCUACAACGCUCCAAUUGUCAAGUUCUGGUUCCAUACGAUGGCGUACGUUGGCUACCUGAUGCUGUACAACUACAUCGUCCUGGUCAAGAUGGACCUGUGGCCCUCUCCUCAAGAGUGGAUUGUCAUCGCUUACAUCUUCACCAACGGCAUUGAGAAGAUGAGAGAGAUCCUGAUGUCAGAGCCGGGGAAGUUGUUACAGAAGGUGAAAGUUUGGCUUCAGGAGUACUGGAACAUCACAGACCUCAUGGCCAUCCUCAUAUUCUCUGUCGGCAUGGUCCUGCGUCUCCAGGAGCCACCGCUCAUGAGCUAUGGCCGGGUCAUCUAUUGCGUAAAUAUCAUCUAUUGGUACAUCCGGCUGCUGGACAUCUUCGGAGUCAACAAGUACCUCGGUCCCUACGUGAUGAUGAUUGGCAAGAUGAUGAUCGACAUGAUGUAUUUUGUGAUCAUCAUGUUGGUGGUGCUGAUGAGUUUCGGAGUGGCGCGUCAGGCCAUCCUCAACCCAAAUGAAGACCCGUCCUGGAUGCUUGCAAGGAACAUCUUCUUCAUGCCUUACUGGAUGAUCUACGGAGAGGUGUUUGCUGACCAGAUUGACCAUAUGCAUAGUAGGAAGUUACAGCACAGGCUGAAUGAAAAACUCUGGCUGGUCGAAAAUUACUUUCGAACUCACGGAAGCUGGCGUAGUAAUGGUGCAUUCCACAUUUUCCAGUGCAGUCAAAAUCCCACCCCCUGUGGGCAGAACAUCACCACAGAGGAUGGGGUGGUAGUGGCCCUGCCUGCCUGUAAGACUGGUGCCUGGAUUGUCCCGGCCAUCAUGGCCUGCUACCUGCUGGUGGCCAACAUCCUGCUGGUUAACCUACUCAUAGCUGUGUUCAAUAAUACGUUCUUCGAGGUGAAGUCCAUCUCCAACCAAGUUUGGAAGUUCCAGCGGUACCAGCUCAUUAUGACCUUCCAUGAGCGCCCAGUCCUCCCUCCACCCCUCAUCAUCUUCAGUCACAUAACCAUGGUCCUCAAGCAUCUGUGCUGCCGCUGGCGCAAGCAUGACGACGACGAGAGGGACUACGGACUGAAACUUUUCAUCACUGAGGAUGAGCUUAAGAAAGUCCACGACUUUGAGGAGCAAUGCAUAGAAGAGUACUUCAGGGAGAAAGAUGACCGAUUCCAUUCCUCUAACGAUGAGAGGAUCAGAGUCACUUCUGAAAGGGUGGAGAAUAUGGCAAUGCGUCUGGAGGAAGUCAAUGAACGGGAACACUUCAUGAAGGCUUCACUGCAGACUGUUGACAUCCGUCUGGCCCAAAUGGAGGAGCUGAUUGGACGUAUUGCUGUAGCACUGGAGCGUGUGACAGGUGUUGAACGUGGGGAGGUCAACAAAGUACGUUCCCGGACUUCAUCUGACUGCACAGACUCAGCAUACAUACUUCGCCAGGGUGAGUGCCCAGACGCAGCAUACAUCCUCCGUCAAAGCAGCUUUAACAGCACAGAAGGAAAUGCCUACCGCCUGCAGGAGGCACUGGAGGGAACAGCGGAGGGCUCAAUGUCCCCUCCCUCUCCUACUGGCAUGGCUACACGGACAAGAAGCCACUCAUUUUAUGUUGGAGGUGGUCGUGGUGGUGAACGCGCAAGUGGAGCCGAACGAGUGGAGAGCUUCUUCAAAGAACGCUCACUCAGUCUCCACCGAGCCAACAGCUCACAAUCAGUGUCCUCAGGUGCCGCCCCCAAGGAGUCUAAGCCCCUCCCCCUGGCGACGCUGUCGGUCUCCCAGCAGCACCGUCCAUCGUCAUGCAUUGAUAUCUAUGUCUCAACUUCGGAGGAGGUGGGGCCUGCAGAGGUCUUUCUGGAUCCUCUCCGUGUGGUCCCACAACUCCAGAGAGACUCCUCGCUGCAGUCAGAUAUCAUGGAGACGAUGCUGCCAGGAGGCCGGGACUUCGGCAGUGUCGCCACCAGCGGUAUGGGCGACAGGCACUCGGAGGGUGGUGCAGGCAGCAGCGGAACAGCUGGAGCUAUGUUUGAUGACAGUGCAGCUGCUGAUUUGUCAUUGUGCUCAGCCCACCUCUUACCAGACGCCACUUUACCUCCUUGGGACAUAGAACCAUCCCCACCUCCCUCAGCAGGGCUGCUUGAGCGCUCGAAGAGCAGCCGCUACCUCUCCACAGCGGGCACAUCUUUUCUGGAUGAGCCCACUCUGGUCAAGUCCCACAGCCUCAUGUUCACUCCAAGAGGCUGCUACAGCGGACUGGGGGCAGGAGUCCAGGUAAAAGCUGCAGAGUACACCAGCAUCACUGACUGCAUCGACACACGCUGUGUCUCAGCUCCAUACACUCCUGCAGAACGCUCAAACUCCCCCGGAGGAUCCACCUCAUUCCCCUUUGAUAAGCCGUCAGACAUUGUUUCCUCUCAUCCAGAGAGAGAGGCAGAGCUUAGUCAUACAGAGUCUGAUCCAGAGGACCCUGAGGACCUGAUCCCAGCCCCUGAUACCCCUCGUCUAGGGGGGCUUAGUGGGCCUAGUGGGGCCCCUCUCUGCUCCCCCUUCUCCAGGCUGGAGCGAGCAAACAGCUGCUCCUCAGAUGACUCCCAUCCUUCCCUCACACUGGCCCCUCCACAACGGAAGAGCCUGUCGGUGAGUGAGAGGAUGGAGAGAGGACCGGGUCUGGGGGCAGACAGGGGGCCUGGGCCGGGGGGCCGGGGUCUGGCAGGAACCAGAAACCCCUUCCUCAGGAGCAAGUCUGGAGCAAGACCUGAUACAGCCAAGACUGACAGCCUAUCUAUGAGGAAGUUGGCCACUCCGUCGGCUUUUCGCAGCUUUGAUAGACAAAACUACACGUGACAGUAACACUAGUCGGCAGACUCACACAUUGUUAGGACCAGGGAGGAAAACUGAGAGGGCUGAGGGUGAAAGGGGACGCAGGGUGAAGUUGCCAGUGAUAACAAAAAUGGUAAAAGUUUAUUGACAGUCAGUGCUGGGCGGCAACUUUACCCUGGAUCAGAAGUCAGGAUGAAUAGAUAGGAGAUGCAGGGGUCCUACUGUACACCAGUCAAAAACAAAGAGCUAUGAAUCUAGAGUAGUUUUUACCUCCUCUUGUAGCUAAGUAACUCUCAAUGGGGUGUUAUGGCAAUGAAAGGUGUAUUCGUACUGUAUGUUCCACCCACCAACCUUUCCGUCAAGUAGACAUCUGUCACUGUGUUACAUCACAUAUCAAUCACGUUAGUCAGAGAAAGUAUACUGUUACUCCUCCUAGCUGCAUUAUAUGGUAGAAACUGUUUAGUCUGUUUGACAAAGAGAGCGGAGAAAGAAAAAACAGCCACUUCGUUUUGUCAUUUUGUCUUAGCAUAGAGUCAUUACUGUUACAAAAUGUUUGCUUUGAAUACAUUUUUCUCUUUUCAUACAACUCCACUCGCAACCAGAAAGACAUUUUUGGCUGCUUCUUUAAAGGAAUCAAAGUGUUUGGAACCAUCAGGGACUUUUCCUCCUCAUGGUUGCACUGGAAAUGAUUGCAGUAACAUGGCAACAACUUACCUCUGGAUACACAAGUACAGUACACCUUUCAAAUAUUCACCAAUUAUCUUCUUUCCUUUUCCAGAAGAAUAACGAUUUUGCCUUUAAUUGUAUUUGUAGCAUAAUUUCUCUACAAAACUGUUUUUAUUUCAUUUGUCAGUUUAGGGUUAGAAAGCAGUGUUUGAACGAGCUCCAGUCAAAAGGUCACCAGUCAGUCACAUGUAGCUGUUAAGUGGAACAGUUAAAACUGGCUUUAAUCAGCCACGUGACCAGAGUGACAUAAAUAGAGACUAGCAGGUGACAGCACUGAGUCAAGGCAUGCAUCUACAACCGGAAAGGGAAGGAAAGGAGAUAGAGGGGUUUAAUCAAGUCAAUCAUAUUUACAUGUCUGCACACACACAAGAACACAAGAGAAAGUUUCAGACCUGAUCCCUGAGAGCUUUAACAAGUGCAAUUGCAAAAACACAGGACCAGAGGGCGCUGUGAGCCUACUUCAGAAGCAAUGCUUGCUGAGUGAACCUGACGUGAGCCUUCUUUGCCUGCACCUGACACCAAAAAUCCUUACACUCAACCAAUCAUUGCUCUCUUGGCACCCGACCCUCCUCCUCCUUUAGGUUUCUACAGUGGCAUUACGUUGCAAUGGUUUAACAUCCACCUACACCUAAUGGAUCCGUCCUUCAUCUAUUACAUAACUGUCAUUCAUUUUUUUCCCUCCUUUAUUUAUUUAUUUAUUUUUUGAAUUGCAUUCAAAGCCAGCCACUGCAAAAGGAGACGGUCAUUGUCCAAUGACUAAGCCCAUUAUAAAACAGGUCAAGAGGAGUUCCUGAAGAAAAAGGGAUGAGUUUAUUUUUUAAAAAGCUUGAAAUAAGCUGUCAAGUAUAUGCAUUCUAGCUGAGAUAUAAGAAAGCAUUUUAUGUGACAUGAAGGCGGAAACAUGGGGAUAUUAUUAUGAAAAGAUAAAAGCCAGAUCAGUGUUUUAAAAUCUCUCAUUUUUUAUUCUAACGUGAGACGUGUGGGUGGAGGAUGAUGCCCCUCUCUGAUAGCUUUGUAAAGAUAAGAUAGGUGAAAUUAAUAGAAUUCUUACUUAGUUUUUUUUAUGUUUGUUUUAUAUUUCCUUACUAUUACAUUUCAGUUUAAUAAUCAUGUUGCAUUUAUUUUGAGAUUGAUUCUAUUUAUUGACAUUUUCUUGCUCAUUAUGGAUAAUUACAGUAAAUGCCUGUUUGAAUUACGAAAUCAAUAUUUAUAUCUUCUCAGUGAUAUUUUUGUCGAAUUUUAAGUAUUUUCUAAUUAAGCUUUUAAAUUUAAUAAAAGAUGACCAUCGACAUGCACUAAAUGCUGAUGUAUUAUAUUAUUUAUUAAAUAUAGAAUUGUCUAAUAUACUGUACAUUUCAAUCAUAUUUAAAGUAUUUAAAGUAGUUUUUAUUGUAUGUUUUAUCAAGAUGCUUAUGAGAAUUUUCUAAUGUAAAGCUGACAUGGCAAUACGCAGUUGCCCGUAUACCAAACUUAGGGUGCCUUUUGGGCAUGGAUGGAGUAUGUGGGGACUGAAGUGAUUCAGAAAUCUGUGAAACUUCUCUUCUUUUUUUUUCUUCCCCCAAAUCAUAGAGCCCAAAUAUCUGUGAUUAUUUUUUUUUCCAACAUGUGGCUUUUACAUAGAUCUUUGUUGUUCUCUUUAAAGACAUCUGAUGUACACAGUGAGGGGAAUUUUGUCAUGAGUAAACUGUUUCAUUGCUUGUAUGGACAUUUAUUUCAAUCUCCCAAAACACGUGACUAGAACUCAGUGAGGAUGCCAGUUUCAUAGCUGAAGAUACAAAUAUAUUUGCACAUUAAACUGAGACAUGCAGCUGAGGGCAAAGCAUCACCAGAGGUUUGGUGCUGUGGUUUUUAUCAAAUGACUUAUCUGUGUCACAUGUCUCUUCAUAUACCCACUAACCCUGGCCCAGACCUUUGUACUCCAGUGAUUUGGUACACAUCCACAGAGUUUGGGGACUUUAUAGAUUUUAAAAUGGAUGGUUGAGAAUGAACAAACAGAGGCUGCGAUAUCUAGACUUAUCUAUACCAGGGAAUUCAGACCCGGUAUUAACAUCUGUCCUAAGUCCUUUUUGCGCAAAAAAAAUAAAUAUUUUCAUGUAUAACACAGGCAAAUUAACAAGAAGGCCCAAAGAGGUAAUAAUCUCUUGUAGAAAGCGCUUCAUAAAGAUUAUAAUGAUUUUAUAAACUCUACAUCUCACAAGAUUUAGCAUUCUCUCUCCACGGGCAUUUAAUAAGUUGCCUAUAUUCUUUACUGUUAACUUUAUUUGUAAAAAUGUAAAAUGUUAAGCAUCAAUAAAAUGGUGUAUCCGCCACAUAAUUAAAUUAAAUGGUAAAACCAGUUGAAACAGCUUCCUCAACUAGCAGCUAAAUGUCAUGAAGGAAGAUGCACUUUAGAGACAGACGCAGACGAGCUGCAGGUGAAAAGACAAGGUUUAAAUAAUGGUGAACCACGUGUAAAUUCUUCUUGUUGUUUUGUGGAUCACACCCCCUUUGAAUAAUUGGAUCUCAAAUGCAUCCUCAAUGGAUCUUGAGCUGUCGGCUUGUGGAUGUAUCACUCAGGACACAUGUUGAUACCAAGUGUGAACAGCCUUUUAGUCAGUAUGGGUCAUGUUUCAAAAACACUGGAGCCUUGUCAUAGUGUGUCUCAGUAGAUUCUUUUGAUGGACCUUCUUUUUCUGUCAAACUUUUGGACCCCAAAUUAUAAAGCAGGCUAUCUGUUAAAUAUUUAGAAGCUCCAAUUUGUAAAAUAGUUCAUUGUAGAAUCUCAUUUCCAGCUCGUCAAAUAUUGACGCUUUGGGUUGCCGGCCAAUCCGACCUACUGACCGAAAGCAUCAGUAUUUGACGAGUUGGGAAUGGGACUCAACAAUGUUUUUUGAUUUUUUUAACAAAUCGGACCUAUAAGUCUUGAGCAAAAUGACCUGAAAAUAACUUACUGUUUCAGCCUACUGAUAAGUACAAAGGAUCAGAUUUGCAAUUUCCUCAAGAAAUAUGUGGGUUCAGGUAUGAAUUAAAAAGGAAAGGUUGACCCCAAGUCAAUGCUCAGGGACAAUGUUACCCCAGAUGCAAGGCUGUAAGUAUGUCAUUGUGGAAAGAAAGAUGGAAAUACAAAAAGAAAUAGAUUGGAAUUUGUUCUCCACAGACAGCCUCAAACAUAAUCACUGUGCUUUUUGAGUCUUACCCAGAGUCUUUUAGGAUCGUAGGGAAAUCUCUGUGUUUUGUGCUCUGUGUCUUCAGGAAUGGCAAUAGAAUAUGAAUGAAUGUCUUCAUACCUGACUGACUGACAUUGUUCUCUCGCAGGAGUUUUGUUAAAAUUCUUUGACAGUUGCUGAGCCAAACCAAACUUUGCCAAACCAAAUGGAAACGAGCUGAGUUGUGCUCUGCUGACCUAUUGUCUACACAGCUGUGGCACCAAGCAAAGGUCGUACAGCUCAGCUUAGGUUUGUACGGAUAAUUACGAAAACAGAGCCCACUAUUUGACCUACUGUGAUAGCAAAUCAGUUUUUGUUUUUUGUUUUUUUGUUUUUUUUUAAUCUUGAGAUAACAUACAUAUCCAUGACACUUCUAAACUCGUGAGAACAUGAUUCUAGAAAUGGUUUUGUGAUUUGUUGACAUGGCUGUUUUGGAAGGUCUUGAUAGGAAGCGUGGGUGUAUGUGUGUUUGUGAGAGUAAAUCAGCUGCGUGUGAACCCGCAGAUGUAGGCGAGGUGUAGGUAAUGGGGAGGCAUGGCAACACAACACAACCCAACAGAAUCUCCAUGUACAGUAUUUUUAAAUAUUUUCCUAUACUGUAUCUUACAGUUUUGUGGAAUCAUGAGCAUAUGAUGAUAAUCAUAGAACAGAUCUGCUUUCCUCCCAUGACCUCCGUCGUGAGUUUCAUGCACACGUUUUUUCUGCAAUAACUGCUGAUGUUGCUUUACAACAGAAAGGGGGCUUAACCCCCCCGCUGGUCACGUUUUAUUUAAUGUCCUUCAAAUGCAUGCAGUUCUUCCACUCAGAGUGUACAGAGACGACCUAUAAAGACGACUGAGAGAAAGAUAGAGAGCGAUUAUAAUAUGAAAUCAAAGUAGUGAGUAUUUGGAUGCAAAUACAAAUCUGUAUUCUUCAAUGUGAAUAGGAUCAUGUCUGGCAUGCAUUGUUAAAUAAAAAAAACUACAUAGA